AUGGAGGUCCUCGAAGGGGAACGCUGUGCUGCUCCUGCAUCCUCUCCAGAGCCGACUCGGACGCCACCGUCGUCCGUCUCAUCUCCCUUUCUCCGGGAGGACAUCUCGCUGGUCGGCACGAGCUGGCCUUCUUCUCUGGUUCUGGCCCUCGCCCCCACCUCACCCCACUCUGCGCCUCCCCCUGUGCCCACGUCGUCGAGGCACAUGCCCGCCCAACUCCACCUUGCCUUAGCACUCUCCUUCUCCGACCCGGACGCCACCGUCGCCCGUCCCAUCUCACUCUCUCCGGGAGGGAAUCUCGCUGGCCAGCACGAGCUGGCCUUCUUCUCUGGCUCCGGCUCCGGCUCCGGCCCCACCCCACUCCACGCCUCCCCCCGUGCCCGCGUUAUCGAGGGUUCAUUGGUGCUGAUCCAUACAAGAUUUGCUGAGAAGAUGGCGAAAAGAUGUCAGUUGUUGGAGCAAGAGAAUGAAAACUUGAACAGAGAUAAGCACGAGCUGCAAGAAAAAUUUGCUGAGAAAUCCAGGCAGAAGAGGAAGCUUGAUGAGAUGUAUGACCAACUGAGGAAUGAAUAUGAGUCGGUGAAGUGUUCUGCCCUUCAACCUGCAAAUAACUACUUAGCAAGACCUCAGCCAGACUUGUUUGCAGGCAUGCCCAACGUGAUGGAUGGUGGCGACCAUCUGAGACAAGGAUCGGUUGAUCUUCCUAAAACUCCAGGGCAGAGAGAUGAGGGCUGGGGUCCACCGCCAAGGCAACGUCACUGCACCUCUGGUCCCUUUGAUCUGUCCACCGGGUCUCUUGCCCAUGCCGUGGCUCCUCCGGUUGAUAUCAGGCCCAGACAGCAGACACGGUCAGUCUUCAGAGCUACACUGAACAAUCCAUCAAGCACCCUGCGAAACCUCAUAAUCUCACCUGUCAAGUGUCCCAGACGUCCCGUAAUUGCCAACACAUAUUCACGUAAUGAUCUCCCUUUUACUCAUGCAUACAGCAACUAUUGA